UGGAGCGACGCCGCGUGCCAGGCCGGGCCCCCGGCUCCCCGCUGCCGCUCGUCCCGCAGCCCCGCGGCCGCGGAGCUCGGGGAGCGCCGCUGACCGGAGUCGCUCGCUCGGGCCCGGCUGGCCCCGCGGCGAGGGAAGGGAGGGAAGGAGGGAAGGGGGCGCGCAGGUAGCGGGGCGACCGCGCCCCGGCCCGAGCCCCCGUGGGGGCGGGGGCCGUCGGGGCGGCCCGGCCUCCCCCCCCCCCCCCCCCCCGUCCUUCCCUUCCUCCGGCGCCCGCGGGGAGGAUGGUGAUGGUGCAGCCGCCCGCAGCCCCCGAGCCGGGCCGGGGCCGCCCUCCGCAGGGGCUGAGGGGAUGAGCCGUGCCCCGCCGGGGAGUCGCUAGCGAAAGGAUGACCACUCCCGCCCUGCUGCCGCUCUCCGGGCGGAGGCUGCCCCCGCUGAACCUGGGGGCCUCCGCCUUCCCGCACCACAGGGCUACCUUGAGACUCUCCGAAAAAUUUAUCCUGCUCCUUAUUCUUAGUGCCUUUAUCACCCUGUGCUUCGGGGCGUUCUUCUUCCUCCCCGACUCCUCGAAGCACAAGCGCUUUGACCUGGGCUUGGAGGAUGUGCUCAUUCCCCACGUGGACACCAGCAAAGGGGGCAAGAACCUCGGCGGCUUCCUUAUCCACGGGCAAGGGCACGACGAGCACCGGCACAGAGAAGAAGAGGAACGUCUGAGAAAUAAGAUCCGAGCAGAUCAUGAAAAGGCUCUGGAAGAAGCUAAGGAGAAAUUGAAGAAAUCACGGGAUGAGAUUCAAGCUGAGAUUCAGACAGAAAAGAACAAAGUAGUGCAAGAAUUGAAAAAGAAAGACAGCAAGCCACUGCCCCCUGUUCCUUUACCAAACCUGAUAGGGAUAAACAGUGGAGAACCAGCAGACCUGGAUAUCCGAGAGAAGAGGAACAAAAUUAAAGAGAUGAUGAAGCAUGCCUGGGACAAUUAUAGGCAAUAUGGAUGGGGACAUAAUGAGCUCAAACCAAUUGCCCGGAAAGGACAUUCCACCAACAUAUUUGGAAACUCACAAAUGGGUGCUACCAUAGUAGAUGCAUUGGAUACUCUUUAUAUCAUGGGCCUUCACGAUGAAUUCAGAGAAGGACAAGAAUGGAUUGACAAAAAUCUUGAUUUCAGUGUGAAUUCUGAAGUGUCUGUUUUUGAGGUCAAUAUUCGCUUCAUUGGCGGUCUUCUAGCAGCAUACUACCUUUCGGGACAAGAGGUUUUCAAGAUCAAAGCAGUGCAACUGGCAGGAAAACUUCUUCCAGCCUUCAACACACCUACAGGUAUACCAUGGGCAAUGGUGAAUCUGAAAAGUGGUGUUGGUCGAAACUGGGGCUGGGCUUCUGCUGGCAGCAGCAUCCUUGCUGAGUUUGGUACUCUGCACAUGGAAUUUGUCCACCUCAGCUAUUUGACAGGGGACCCUGUAUAUUACAACAAGGUCAUGCACAUUCGGAAGUUACUUCAAAAAAUGGAUCGUCCUAAUGGACUUUAUCCAAAUUAUUUGAAUCCAAGAACAGGCCGGUGGGGUCAGCAUCACACAUCCGUGGGCGGGCUGGGAGACAGUUUUUAUGAAUAUUUAUUGAAAGCCUGGCUUAUGUCAGACAAGAUGGACACGGAGGCAAGGAAAAUGUACGACGAUGCAAUUGAGGCCAUAGAAAAACAUCUCAUCAGAAAGUCCAAUGGAGGACUGACCUUCAUUGGGGAGUGGAAGAACGGGCAUCUUGAAAGAAAGAUGGGCCAUUUGACCUGUUUUGCAGGUGGAAUGUUUGCCCUUGGAGCAGAUGGUUCCAGAGAUGAUAAAGCUGGACAUUAUUUGCAGCUCGGAGCUGAAAUUGCACAUACAUGUCAUGAGUCGUAUGACAGGACAACACUAAAGCUGGGUCCAGAAGCAUUCAAAUUUGAUGGUGGCGUGGAGGCGGUGGCAGUACGGCAGAAUGAGAAGUAUUACAUCCUAAGGCCAGAGGUGAUUGAGACCUACUGGUAUAUGUGGAGAUUCACCCACGAUCCCAAAUACAGGCAGUGGGGCUGGGAGGCAGCACAGGCAAUUGACAAGUAUUGCCGAGUUAGUGGUGGCUUUUCUGGUGUCAAGGAUGUGUAUUCCUCAUCUCCUACAUAUGAUGAUGUACAGCAGAGUUUUUUUCUUGCUGAAACGUUGAAGACGGAGACUUCACAUGCUUUGAACCCUGGUGAGACAUGGAAUCUACAGAUAAUAUUAAUGCAGCAGCACAAAAAAGAAGAGGCUUUCCCAUCCAGGGAAAGGAACUUGCUGCUUGCUGUUGCAAGGAACAACACACAGUCACCUCUUCAGAUUGGGUGGGUUCCAAAUACCUUGGUUUUAUUUUCCUUUCUUUUUUCCUUUUUUUUUUUUUUUAUGAUGGCAUGAACAAAGCGACACCACUGCACCAGCAGCAUCAGGAUUUGAAUUUCUUUCUGUACCUGUCUGAAUUUUCUGAGGAGCAUCUGUCCAGACUGGCAGCCAUUCUCAGAACCUCUAAUCUGUUAGACCUAAACUCUAAAGUACAAAAAGUAUUGCCUCCUCAUUUUCCCUUUCAAAAUAAUGCUUAUAUCCAAAAAGAAAAAACAAUUAGUAAGCAUUUGGCUUGUAGUUCACUGUCAGCAGAGUGGGGUUAGCUCAUUUGGCAAGCUCAGUCACAGUCUGGAGUGUAUCACAGGAGUAGGAAGGAGCCUAAGUUUCCCUUCCUCACAAAUUAUGUCACAUGAAAAAAACCAUUCUCUUCUUAGUCCUGGUUCUUUCAGCUAAAUAAACAGAGAUGACAACAUGAGCAUAACUGUUUCAUGAUUUAUAUAGGAGGAUACAGUAUAUGGAACUAAAAGAAGCUCCCCUUGAGCUAAGCAGUGAGAGUUUGCUGCUCUGUGUUUUUGUACACAGUCUGUUACAUUUCAUUCUUUGGAUAUUAUUCACAGAACCUUCUCUGCAGGUAUAUGUGUGUCUGACAGAAGCCUAAAAUUGCCUUUGAUUGACUUUACAAAACUUGCUUUUCUUCUGGGUGCUCCAGUACAAAUCCAACAUGAUCUUUGGAAGCAGCCUAACAUCUCUUAUAUGUGACUGGAAAAAGAAACUGAAGAGUCUCUUCUUUCAUUAAUUUAUGAUGCUGCUAAAUGUAUGGGGUAUUUUCAAGUACUUCAUGGCUAGGCUGGAUAGUAUCACUUAAAUUGAGUCUUUUUCAAUCUUCAUUUUUUUGCUAAAAAAAGUUUCAUCUUUCCAGAUUUUUUAUCUUAUAAGUUUUGUCUUUCUUGAUCUCUUCUUACUGUUGUUCAGAACUCUUAAGCUCAAAUUAUUCUUUUUAUUCCCCUAUAUAGCUCUCAAUUUUUUUUUGCCAUGGUGACUGGCCCCUUUGUUGACAAACAGCCUUUAGGUGGAGGUUUCCCUCCUAAUUAGUGCACAGGUUGAGUCUUUAAAAAAUCUUGAUGAUGUUUUUGCACUGAAGCAAGUGGGAGAACUUUUCAGUGAGCUACAGUAGUACAGCAUCAGAUUUAAAGGGAGUGAGUGCUAUUUUCUCUCCUCAAAAAUGUUUUAUAUUAGGUUUUAUAUAAAAAAACUUGGCUCCUUAUCAUAUUAUAAUACAUCUGACUGUAGAGUUUCCCCCCAAAAUUAAUCUUCAUUUGUCUGUGUCACUAAUGUAAACAUAGAAAUUAUCAUAUGAUCUGAGUAAAAAUAUUGUUAGAUGAUUUUUCCAGACAGUUACUUUAGUUUAAGAGGAAGAAAACAUGGGGCUUGGGGAAAGUUUCAGUCUCAAUGUUUGUACCUUAAUACCAGUUACUUUGUUACUGUAAUUUUCAGCAGUAUCCUAAAAAAUAAUUUGAGAACUUAAAAAGUAAUUAAUAUAGUAAAUAAAACUGAUUUCAGUAAUUGUUUAUUUAAAAUUAGAAGUAGCUUAAUAAAGGAAUUCUUCUUACUGGCCCCACAUUAAUUUAUUUUUGUAAUUAUUAUUCAAUGACUUACUGAAGAACUAGUAAUUUUUAAUUUUCCCAAGUUCAGAUAUCCUGUGUUUUCAGAUUGUUUUUCUGAUCCUAUGAGAACUGUUAUUAGUUUAAAACUGCACUCGAUUGCCUUGUUCUCCUACAUGGCUCUGGGUAUAUAGAGAAAGAGGAAAAGCAAACCCUUCUGUUAAAAAAAAAAAAAAAGAAAGAAAGAAAGAAGAAAAAAUAAUAAAAGCAGCUGAUAAAUGUAGGUGUAAAAUGGCUGCCAGUCUGUUCAGAGGAAGGUCAAGGAGUCCCAGAAACAGCAAACUUGCUUCUCCUCCUCCAUCUCCCUCUUGUGAAUUAAAGAGAAACCCUUCAAAUUUAACUUCUCCAUGAAUCCUAGUGGGUUAACUUACUACCACAAAAAUGCCUGAAUUGAAGACUAAGCCAUUUCAUAUUAUGGGAUGGUGUUCUUUUCAAAGCAGAUGUACAGAACUGCUAUUUCUUCUUUGUGUAGAUAAGCAGCAGGUACCAAAUAGAGGACACUUGUUUCUUGUUUUCCAGUUACCCCAAUAACAGUCAGUUUAUUCUCCAUCACUCUUUAAAAUACCAACUGGCCUUUUCCUCCAGAAGCUAAUGAUGUGCAGAGUCUAUCAAAAAUAAUGCAUUUUAAGGAUUAAUUGCUGUGUCUUUCAUAAAUUUCAUUCUGAGAUUUCCUAGAUCAAGCAGAGUUUGGAGGUUAUGUGUUCUGGCUGAGGUACACGCUUUAUUACCAAGCACCACAGAUACUGAAACUUCUGACUGAAGUGAUGUGCCCUCGUUCUGAGUCCUUCACAGAAAAGUAGGUUCUGAUCUGCAAAAUGGCAUUAUGUGCAACCCAAAGUUCAGACUGUUUUCCCUCUGGGUACAUAAGGUACAGUAGAAUGUUGCCAUUUUCAUUCUGUUGCUGCUGUCUUACUUUCUUGAAGAUAAGAGUGUAAAUUUAAGCACAAAAAUGACUUUUUAGUCCUAGCUGUUUCUGAGUCUUGCACUGUACUCUCUAACAAAACAAUCUUCAUUUUCUCUAGGUAGCUGUCCCAUUCUACAACUUCUACAAUACCCUCUCCCCAUACAGAAUGAAAUAAAAACCAGAAAAUCAUGUGCAUUUUUGGCACACUGGAUUUGGGCAAGAGCCUGGAAAUCCCAGAACUGUCUAUUUCCUGUUUGCAUGCAGUCAAAACAAGGAUGUAUGAUUCUUUUCCUAAUCCAAGCCUCAAACUUACCUGUUGGUCAGGAUCUGCCAACAGUAAUUUUUUUUUCUAACAAUUAGAGCUUGACUUUUCAAAGAGGCCAGAUUUCUGCAGCUUCCAUUAACAACCCUGGAGCUAUGCAUGUCCUACAGUCAAGAAGUCAACUUCUUAGCAUUGUCCUCUAAAUAAAAAAAAAAAAAAAUAAAAAAAAAAAAGCUCUUGAAUGAUAUUCUGAGUGUUAAUUUUGCUGCACAAUAUAGUCCUCCAAACUGAAUAUUCAAGGAAAGUACAGAAAAUAGCAAGUGCCCUGGAGUAGAAGGAAGAGCAAGUAGUUCCCUGUGCCAGUCACACCUUUGCUGUUCCUUCAGCUCCCUGCUCCAAAUUUGUGGAUCACUGUGUUCUAGCUCCCAAACACUGACAUAUUCUCCCACAGUAUUUUACAAGAUUUGAAUAUUGCCUGGGUUCUGAAAGGUGGCAAUAAUUACACACUCUGUGUAAUGCCAUCCUUUAAGGUUCGAGGUGCACCCCCUAAGAAAAGCCCUGGUGGUAUUUACACUACUAAGCCUAGCCCAUGUUUAUAAGAGGACAAAUAAGAAACAGGCUUCUUGAUACCAGAGAAAAAUGAAAGCAAGCUCUUGAUCCAUACUGUAGGUGGGAGAUCAGUUCACCCUGAGUAAGACAUCCCUCUUUCACUCCUUGAAUUUUGAGAAUUUUCACUCCUUUGAAUUUUGAGUCUUCUGACUCAAGAGUUUGAGUUGCCAUACAAAGAGGAAGCCCAGGCUCUUCUGCAAGUUGUGUGCAUACAGCUGUAGCAGAGAUGAUAAGCACGAGCUGCUUCAGCUGUCAGCACCUUCUAACAAACUGCUCUGUAAUUGCCCAGGAAAGUUGGGAACCACCAAAGUCAGAGGAGACAGCCUGACCUGUUACAGUGAAUUGUUGCCUUUAAUCCUAAUUGCUUGGUGGAAGUUGGAUUUGCAUUCUGCCUUUAUUCUUGCUUUGUCUAAAACUGACAGAUUAUUUUUUCCUCCAAAAUAAUAAAAGGGCAAAAGUCUAUCUUCUGAUGUGGAAACCUUCUGCCUCUGACCUGGAAUCCUGCAUAUGUACUUUUUACAGAUAAAAAAAAAUAAUAUUGUAUAUAAAAAAGAUUGAAUAAAGAAUGUCUUUAAGUGAAAA